AUGGAUUUCUCACCGAGCCCAGACAGUGAUACUUCUGGCUACUAUAGAAAUCGCUGCCGACGUGAUGAGCGCGACCGGGGCAAUCAAGGAAGAUCGAAGGAACGCUAUCGAAAUAACAGCCGGUACAGCCGUAGCCGAUCGCGGUCAUUCAGCAGGGAGCGUUACUCCUAUCCUCGACAGCGAAGUGACGAACGUGAUUCUUACCGGGAUGUGAAUGAACAAACAUACGAUGACGGUGGUUGGGACAGCCGCGAUCGGUUUCGCGAACGAAGUCGCGAACGGGACCGCGAUCGUAGAUCUCGCGAACGAGAUCGUUACCGGGAUCGAAGGGAUCGCGAUAAAGGAGGUCGCCGUGGUGGCUAUUCUCCUAGCUCGAUAGAUGAUGGGGAAAACUUUGAUAGUGAAAAUGAAUUUUUCUAUCAACAAAAGCCGAAUAAUAACAUCAUCAUCCGUGGUUUGGCACCACAAGUUACUGAAGCUGAUAUCAACAGCGACCUAAUCCAGUGCGGUUUGCAGGCGCUGCACGUCAGGUUGAUCCGGAAACGAAAGACAGGUGAAUCGAGGGGUUUCGCAUUUGUCGAGUUUCGCACUGAAGAGGAAGCAACUCGGUGGAUAUGUUACAAACAGGGUGUGUUGGUAUUCAACGGGCAGCAUGCGGUCAUGCAGUACACCUUUUCGAUGCCGUCAAAGUUCCAAACAGAUUGGUAUUGCGCUAAGUGUUACGCUUUUAACUUCAAGCGCAGGGAAAAUUGCUUCAAAUGUCACGCAUCACGCGAGGACAGUGAAAUUGGUGGUGAUGGCAGCGAUGAGAUGAGUAACAUUUUGACGAAGAAAAUCAUGCUACGCAAUCUGGAUGUGCUGACGAACGAGGAAAGUGUGAUGGCCGUGAUGCAGAAAAAGUUACCGGCAGAAUUGGUGCAGAAAAUCGGCAAGGUGGUCAUUUGUCGUGACCCGCUGACGUCCAUUUCACGCGGCAUGUGUUAUGUGCAUUUCGACAAUCUGGUCGAUUCGAUGAAUACGCACAAUGCGCUGAAGGAGCUAGACCCACCGCUCAGAAUAGACAACCGGGAGGUCAUAAUAUCGUACUGCAUGGAUACGGAGAAUAGGAACUUGAUGAAACAGCAUCAGAAUUCCCAUCAAGGCAGGGAAGGUAAUCGACAGGGAAACAGCAACCAAAAUCAUGGAACACAAAGGAAUGGGAAUGAUAGCAACUCGAACAACUACCAAGGCAAUGGUUCUGGUGGUAACAAUUUCGGCUAUCGAAGUGAUGGAAGAAGUGAUAACUUUGAUCGCAACAGUUACGGAAACAAUCACAAUUCGCAUGGAAUGAAUAAGAAUUCUGGUGGUGGUGGUGGUGGUCGUGGAGCAUUCCAAGACAUUACGGCACCACCGCCAAGCGGAUCUGCCGUCGGUUCAGCGAGCAUGGUAUCAUCUUCCUCUUCAGCUGCUGCUAUGGCCAGUUUACAAGAGAACUAUACGCUCGCUGAUGUACCGCGUUUGGCCGAGUACAGUGCGUCUAUGUACGCGUCGAAUGCGACCGAACAUAAACACUAUCUGCAAUACUAUACGGAGUACUACACAAAUCAACUGUCGACUGUUACCGAUGGACAAGCGGCAGGACCGCGUGCUUCCGCUGGUUUAGGCGAAACAGCCAACAGCGGUGCUGCUGUGGCUCAGUCAGCGAUAGCCCGGAAACAGCAAUCUGGUCCCAAUAGUUCAAAGUUGGAUAAAUCCGACGUAUAUGGUCUUGCGAUGGGUUCUUCAACUGCCCCAGUCCAAUCCGGACCGCAACUUCCCGUGCCGAACGGUGUGGAUGGAAGGAAGUAUCCUACACCAGAUACCUCACAGUAUCAGUAUGACGAAACUUCUGGCUUUUAUUACGAUCCUACCACCGGGCUUUACUACGAUGCCAACUCGCAGUACUAUUACAAUAGUGAAACCAGUUCAUACCUUUAUUGGGAUCCCGAAAAUCAAACAUACGUCGCCGCACCUGCUUCGUCCUCUGCGUCCAACAGCGCCACAUCGGGCCCCGGAUCGCAGCAGAUGACGAACCAGCCGGAAAAUGCAGUUACUGCAUCGCUGGCUGAAAGCGCAGAGAAGAUGGAAAAAUCCAAAUCAAAAGAACAAGCACCUCCCCAGGAUAAGGUAAAAGUUGCCAAAAAGAUCGUUAAAGAUAUGGAGAAGUGGGCGAAGCAGCUAAAUCAAAAGAAGGACUACAACGUCAUACAACCACCGGCUCGGAUAGAGGAAGCUACACUGUACUCCUCGUUAGGGCCAUCCAAACCAUUGUCGGAAUCGCUCGGAGGGCUCGGUAAUGCGGGCUAUGCAGAUGUAGGGUUUUCGUUGUUGGAGAAAAAGGAACGCGCCGGUGGGAUCGUCAGUACAGCGUCCCUAAUGCCUGGUGGUUUGGGAGGAAGUUCAGCUUCUAGCUCAACCUAUCCUGCAAGUAGUGGUGCGACAAAGCCAGUCACAGGUGCGACAUCAACAUACGCUGGUUCUGAUUCCGAUAAUGAUUUUGGUGAUGGCGAAGGAGGAGGUCCUUCCGAUCGGGAUUUGGUUGAUUUUGAUCGUUUGACCUGUCUCCUCUGCAAGCGUGCAUUCCAAUCGCAGGAAAUUCUUAUGAAGCAUGUAAAAAUGUCCUCAUUGCACAAGGAAAAUCUACAAAAGCUGAACGCAAACCUGCGUGCCGGUGGUGGCUCGAGGGGAGGCGGUGGUAGCAGUGACGGCGGUUCGGGGGGUCCGUUCAACGGUUUACAGUACCGCGAUCGUGCAAAGGAACGGCGACAAAAGUAUGGUGAGGACGAGGCUCCGCCAGUUAAUCGAAGCAAGGAACGUUUUCAACGAGAGAUCGAAAAGCAAACACAAUCCCAGCCUGCCUAUCCACAGGGCACUGCUUCAGCAGUACCGAUUGGGCAGAACAACAUUGGCAAUAAGUUGCUGCAAAAGAUGGGCUGGUCAGAAGGACAAGGCCUUGGAAGAAGUAAUCAAGGGCGGGUGAAUAUUAUUGAGGCGGAGGCGCGUGUGGCAAACGUUGGAUUGGGUAUUAAAGCCAACGCUGCGGCACAGUUCGGGCGAACGACGGACGAUUAUAAAACGUACAUAAAGAAAAUGAUGAAAUCGCGCUACGAACAGGUAGACGUGAAAGAUUGA